AUGUCGUCGAUCACCACCGCGAUCCCUACGGGCCUAAUCACCGAGUGGUGUCUAAGCGUCGCGCAGCACUUCGACGGCUCGCGGUACGAAUGCGCGGCCGACGAGCCCGGGUGGAAAGCGUCCAACUUCCAGACCUUCUGCUGCAACGGCGACAUCCUCAACACGGCCAAGGACAUCUGGCGCGACAUCGGGCGCGGCAAGAACAACUCGAUCGACAUGGCCGACAUGAUCUGCUGCGGGCUAGGCGGCGCCCAGCAGGGCGGCCUGCAGCCGCUGCCGACCGCGCACACGGAGUGCGCGGCGGGCGCGCCGACGCCGCUGGCCAGCAUCGCGGGCACCAACACGGACAACGCGGCGGCGUUCCGCGUCACGUACACGAGCGCUAGUUUCGGCCAGGGCACGACGGGCGAUUACAUCCCCACCGAGCAGCCGACUUGUUUCUGGGCGUACACGGUGGGCGUCGGGACCACGCAGAUCACGCUGCCGGCGCCGGAUAUCGCGACUUUGCCCCCGGAUACGACGGGCGCGUUUGGGUUUACUGUUGCCGCGCCGGGCACGAGUGCCACGCGGCUUAAGACUACGGAGAGUGCUCCGGAGCCUGCUGGUGCGACGGAGGCUUCUGGCUCGGAGCAAGGAACUACAGUGUUGACGGGGACAGGGACGGCAGCGCAGAGUCGCGAGGCGUCAAGUGAGCGGACGUCGACGUCUUCGGGUGCGUCAGUUGUAAAGGGUGUAAAGAAGGGGUAUAUAUACCUUGGUUUGAGUCUUGUGGCCAUGAGCUGGUGUUGGAGCUGA